AUGGUCCUCACCGCGGACAAGAACGACAUCAAGGCAGCGACGACGAUCAGCGCCAAGUUCAACAUCGACCAAGUCCAAGCACUCAUUCUCCUCAAACUCUUCCUCUACAAUGGAGGUCUACACCAAGCCUCUGAUGCCGAUGUGGCCGACAUUGACGACCGCUUCACGCCGUUCUACUAUACCGAGCGCUUGUACCUCUUCCGAUGCCUCAUUCCCCUGUUCCGCGAGGAGGUGAACGAGGAGCAGUGGCUAUACUCCGUGUCUUCUCGCUUCAUGCCGCGCCUGGUGCCCGAUGCGCGCGCUUUCGUGGAGGCGCUCAUCGCUGAGUUCGAGGCCAAGCUGCGUGCACCUGUUCCAAAGGCGAUGGCAGGGACUGUCAAGGACGCGACUACUUGGGCGAAGCAGAAUGCCAAGGAACAACUCGUGCUCCUCGAGGUGCUCUUCUGGGCGAUGUUUGGGUCUGUGCCACGAGAUGGACCCACAGUUGAGCGCAUCUAUCAGAGCGCGUACUCGACUAUGAUGGGCACAGACCAGGCAAACGAAACGCUGCUAUUGGAUGCAGAAGGCCAGCAACUGCGCCAGGACAUGGCUGCGACCUGGAUUCUCAUCACAAUCGAAGUGCUCGAGCUGGAGAACUUCGCGGACCCAACCUUCCUCGAGAUCUCAGACAACCCUGCGAACCAGGAGAGCUACCUUGCGUCGCCAGAAUCUCUGCAGCGGAUACACAAACUCGUGCUAGAGGGCGACAACAGCAUGUUCUCACUGACAUACAUGGCGUGGGCACUCGUCCUGACGAAGCUGGCGGAGAAGAUGCAGAGCAUGAAGCAGGUGCCGUCGAAGUAUGCGCCCUUCCUGCAAACCCUCAUCACUGGCAAUGCGCCGAAAGACCGCGAACCAGUACCCGCCACGAUGGCAAGAAAGGUUCUAGAGAGCGGCGACCUCUUUGACAUGCUCAGGAUGCUGUUAACGACCUCGCCCUUGUUCGUUGCGUCACUGGCCUGGAGGAGAGACUCAUCCGUGACAGACACAAACCCAAUCGCCUUCCGCAGUGUCAUGAAAGGCUUCCUCAUCAGCGUGCUCGAUGUCAUACCCGUGGAAUCCAUACCCGACUUCUAUAGCCUCGUCGACAUCUGGGUUGCUCUCUUCGGCCGCAGCGAAGUCGAGUCUAUCUAUCUGCUAUGUCACCAGUACUGGCGAAUGGACUGGCAUCAAGGACCGUCCAGGCGAGCCAUCUUUGACGUCGCUCGCGCACGCUUCCCCGUCGACUUCGUCCCCCUUCCUCGCCUCUGCCGCGCCAUGGCUGCAUGCGGCUUCCUCGAUACCGAUCCGCUCGCCACAACGUCAGACAUGCAGUCGGGAGGCUACGAGGAGCAGAAGGAGUGCGCGCAGAACGCCUUUGACUACUUCAACGCCCUGCCGACGUAUGCGCAGCAUAUUACCCUGAAUAACGAGGCGCAUCGACUGUACGAGCGACAAGCGGAGCGUGCGUCGCGCAGUGGACCGAUGGAGAUUCACUACAUCACCCAGCAUCCCAUCCGUCUGCCGGGCGGGUCCAUACUGCCCGCGGGUACCCAUGGGCGCCUUGUUGCUGGAGAUGAGAGGACAUGGGUAGUCGUUGACUGGAAGCACCGGCACUCUGGCUGGAAGCUCAUCGCCGAGGUCCUGACGCGAUAUGUCAACAAGAAGCGGCUUUCCGGCUCGUCGGCGGGGUACGAGGACGUUUUCUUCGGCAAGCGUCAGAACACGGAGACGCGGACGCUGCGGUUGGACGACAUCGGCGUGCAGAUGGACGACGAGACGGAGGUCACUGCGAUUAUCGAGGCGCUGGACCUGAUUCGGAGCGUCAUCCAGGAUCACCCCGACCUCGCUGAACGCUUGAUUGACACACUGGAAGACGGCUUUCCGGUCGUGUCGCAUACGAUGACGGAGACCACACCGCCGGACCUGGUGCAGCUCACGACGAUGAUCCUCGAAGACGCGCUAACGUCGGCAAACCCAAGGAAACGCGCACCUGCGGAACUUGUUACCGCGGCUGUGGGCGUGCUCGCUGCUCUUCUCCCUCUCCAGGGCCGAGCGGCCCGCGUCUGGCUGUUCCUCAAAUCCACAUCUGCGCUCUUUGGCAAUGACCGUGCGGCGAGUGCAGCGUCGAAUGCCUUUGCAGUCGAGCGUGUAACAGGCCAGUACACCAUGACCCUGGCCGUCCUCAACCUCGUCCAGCGGCUAUUCGACCAGGCCUACAGCACGAUCACGCCCGACAACGAGGAGCUGACGCGCACAAAGGAGGAGGUGCUCCUGCGUGCCGCGCGCUUCAUCCACACCGAGAUCUGGGUCGAGCACAUGACGUGGAAGUACGCGCAGCUGGGCGACAGGUUCGAGAUUGGGCGCCGCGUCCUGCGCUUCUACACCAACAUCCUCGAGCACUCGCCGCCGAAUGUGGCGGAGCGGCCGUUCCCGCGGUUGAGCCAGGCGGUCGCGGACGUGUGGCUCUUCCACGCGAGCGCGGCGUCGGUGAUGCCUCUCGUGGCGAGUCUGACGACGGGGAAGAGCGCGCUGGAUGUGCUGCAUAAGGAGCAGCGGGUGGCGGACAUUCGCAAACUGGUGUUCCUGCUGCAGGCGGCGCUCAAGCUGACGCGCAUACUAUUAACGCAGAAGCAGAUGUCGGAAAUGUCGACGAAGGCGAGCCUGCUUGAGCAGUACCUCUGCACCCGAUCGGUCACUGGCGGGUUUAGCGACCUGACCACAGGUGGUUCAGAUCCUGUCGAGGUGCUAGCAUCGUAUGUCAAGCAGAUCGGCGCGGGGACUGUCGUGCCUUUAGAGGCAAUGCGCGUCUUGUCAAGUCUGUGCACCUCCCUAUCCACUAUUAACCCGCCGCCCUCGACUAUCUUGGCCCAUUUGUCGAACCCGGAGCAUACUGUUGCUGAGCUGGUGCACAUCGCCCGCGAAGUCUUCAAUCACCCGCCGCUUCGUAUCGCUAUUUGGCACUUCAUGGCGCUGACAGUGGAAAAAGAGCCUGCGCUCGGCCGUCUCUUCAUCUCUGGGACCUCGUUCUCGCUGAGCGAUAUCAAGGGCAAGGGCAAAGCUAUCGCAGAGAAGCCUAACCCCUCGGUGCUCAAGGGCAGCACGCGAAAAGUAGUCGGGAUGGACGCUGCCUUAGACAUCCUGAAGGACUGGUCGGACCUAUGGGACUUCAACCCUCAACUCCUUGACGCAGUACUCAACUUCGUGAGUGCGGUCUGGCAGCGCGGCCUCGAGAAUAGGGCGAUCUUGGGACCGCUACGCUCGGACGAAGCAUUUUGGAAGAGGAUAGCAGGAGCUGCAUCACGAGAGAAGGAUCCGCCUCCGGACUGCAUGACAACGGAGACCAUAGUCAUCGACGGAGUGCCGCACUCCGACCAACAUGCGGAAGUGUCCAUGUACGCCUAUCGGACACUGGCGCAAGCGCACGCGACGAGCAUCCUGGGGUCCGACAUUAGCAUGCAGGUGCAGGAGAAUACGGGGAAAGCGAAGCCGGAGAAGGCGCUCAGCUUCUCGAUGAUUGAGAAGUGGUUCAAGUCGGACGAUCUGAACGAAGUCAUCCUCCAUGCCGCGACUGCGACCUACAAUCCAGAGCUCUACGACAAGGCGACAGCGACACUGGAGAAAAAGUAUCCCGGACUCACACUCGACCAAGUACGGUUAUCCGAUCCUGUUCAUGACCGUGAACUUGGAGACGGGUUCGCCUUCUCUCUGGAACACGCCGAAAGGCGAAUGGCGGCGUAUGUGCCUGAGGACGAUGGGAUGGCCGUUGACGACCACCUGCAGCUGCAGAUCAUGUCCAUCAACCUGAACCUCUCUCUGACACAUGGCUUCUCGCAUCUUGCAACGUCCUGGCAAUUCCUCCUUCAGCAACUAGGGCCCUACUUACGCGGAGACAAGGACGCUCGCAAGCACAUCCUCGAAGCGUACACCGCCAUCGCGCAUGAUGUUGCCGCUGAGAAGCAUCCCGGAGACAUGAAAGCCAUCGUGCACGGUCAACGAUUAGGCAUAUUAUUGGCUCUGCUGGAGCUCGCAUGGUUCUGGUCGGAGGAAAAGGACGACUCCAUCGAGAUAUUCUCGGACGGUAUGGCCAACACGCGCGGCAUCAUAUCCAACCCAGCACAGCCUCCCGCUGCCUCUUUUCUGGGCAAGAUCUCCGUACCCUUCCACCAAACCCUCCUGCAGAUCUUGUACUACUGCGCCAAGCAGAGCCGAAAUCUCCUCGCCCGCCGAAAACUCGUCAACGCCGACCAGCGACUACGGAUAGCCACCACCAUCGACGCCAUCCUGGCCCUUGUCAUCGACGGCCUCCGUAUUGUCUUCCUCGCUAUCCGCAGCAAACCUGACCUUGAUCUCGACCGGGACUUGGAGCUCCUCGUUGCCGUCUUCGAGCAGUGCAUACGCCGAGACAUCAACUCGUCGCCAUCACAGUGGUUGGCGCGAUGUCGAGAAACAGACGUCGUGCGGGAAAGCCUUGAGAUAUACUCGAAGUUGGACCUGGCCGGACUGACGGACCUCCCCUUGCUGAACCUGCGCAAGCAACCGCUCUACUCUCCGCACAUCAUGCGCCUCCAUAUGGCCCUCGCGACCGUUCCAGAGGCAGCAGAGAUGCUCGCGUCAAACGGCGUCCUGCUGGCUUACAGCAACUGCUCAAUCAGCGCCGCUAUCCGCUCAGGGGCAAUCGACGUCGCGAUCCCAGAGCUCCCGGGCGAGCGGAGUCCCGCGCAUGUCGCCUACUGCUCGAUGUUGGCCGUUAUCUCUGCGGUGCUCUUCGCUCUCGGGCGCGAGACGCACUACCUGGACGCGGAGGCGAGCGGCUUCGUGCAGCUCUGCAGUGCGCAGAUCGUGCGGACCAUGUCGUGGACAGCGACGGACCCGAUAUCGCUGGCCACGAUGGAGGAGAUGGAGCAGACGGUCAAUGUGUUCUUCGCUCUCGCGGAGGGGUCCUUGACGUCGGCGAGCGGGACCAGUCAUAUCGACCAGGUGCUAUACGCGUUCAAGGUCCAUGGCUUGAUGUUGCUCCAGCACGUCAACCAUGCGGUGACGCAUCCGCGGCGGGUGGCCAGUCUCUUCGAGCCGGUGACCCCGCAAGACCGGCUGGCGAACGAGAAGGACGCGUCGCCGCCUGUGGCUCACCUUUUGCACCGGUUGAUGAAGCUUGCGGGGUCGAUUGUAUCUGUCUUGGUCACGAUCAGUCGCGCAGAGUCAAUCAUGAUGCGGGAGCGAGACACUUGGCCAGCUGAGGAGGCCAUCAUUCUGCCUCAAAACAAGGUCGUACUCGGCGAGCGGGCCUCACUAGGCACGCUGCUUGAACUUGGGAACUGCGCGCUAGAUCAGCUGCGCGAUCUCCUCGCGAAAGCGCCGACCGCGAAGCCCACUGACAAGGGCAAGGCUAUCCUCACCGGAACCUACGAGACCAAAGAGGACGUGCAUGCCGGCAUCUCCGUCGCACGGCGCACCCUCGAGGUCGUCCUCACCUACUCCGUCACUCAGCUCGCGCUAUACCUCAACAAGCCCGACACCGAGCUCGGCAACCGUGACGUCGAGUUCGAUGAGGCGCAGCCCGGAGCGAUGGACGUGACGCCGGCGACGAAGGCGGCGGAUAGGUUGCGGCGGGGGCUGAUCAGCGACACGGUGGACGACUUGGAGUCCUUGAUGCAGAAGGCGAAGCCGCUGAUUGCGAAGAGCGGGACGACGCUUGGGAAGGACCUCGUCGACGUGAGCCAGAUCUUGGAGAACUUCUUCAAGGAUCAUGUGUCCGGGCCAGCAAAGGUACGUUUGUCUAAUUCAUCGUGA